AUGUCGUCCAACUCCACCCGUGCAACCCCCCAGGGGGGCAUCCUCGAGGGCGGCAACCCGACCGUCUACGACAGCAAGAACCCCAUCAUACUGUUCGUCAUCCAGGCCGGCAUCAUCCUCGUCUUCUGCCGCCUCCUCCACUGGCCGCUGUCCAAGAUCCGCCAGCCGCGCGUCAUCGCUGAGGUGAUCGGGGGCAUCCUGCUGGGCCAGUCCGUGUUCGGCCACAUCCCGCACUUCCAGGACACCAUCUUCCCCGCGGCCUCCAUCCCCGCUCUCAAUCUGGUCGCCAACCUGGGUCUCGUGCUGUUUCUGUUCCUGGUCGGCUUGGAGACCGAUCUGCGGUUUCUGAUGAGCAAUUGGCGCAUUGCCUUUGGCGUGUCGGCGGCCGGUAUGGUGCUGCCUUUUGGCCUGGGCUGCGCCAUCUCCUACGGCCUGUACAACCAGUUCUACGACGAGCCGGGGGUGCUGCCCAUCAGCUUCGGCACCUACCUCCUCUUUAUCGGCACUGCCAUGGCCAUUACGCUGCUCAGCACAAACGUGGGUGUCAUCGUGCUGUCGGCCGGCGUGGGGAACGACGUGACAGGCUGGAUCCUGCUCGCGCUGUGCGUGGCUCUCGUCAACGCCUCCAGUGGCCUGACGGCAUUGUGGGUGUUGCUGGUUUGCAUCGGAUACGUCCUCUUUGUGACCUUGCUGGUCAGGCCCGCCUUUAUCUGGUUCCUGCAACGCACCCGCAGUCUUGAAAAGGGCCCCAGUCAGUCGGUAGUCGCGGUGACGCUGCUCAUGGCCUUGGUGUCGGCCUUCUUCACCCAGGUCAUCGGCAUCCAUGCCAUCUUCGGUGGCUUUCUCAUCGGGCUGAUCUGCCCGCACGAGGGCGGCUUCGCCAUCAAACUCACCGAAAAGGUUGAGGAUCUGGUGUCGACCCUCUUCCUCCCCUUGUACUUUGCCCUCUCCGGUCUGCAGACCAACCUGGGUCUGCUGAACACGGGGGUUGUUUGGGGUUAUGUCAUCGGGAUCACCGCCAUAGCCUUUUUCGCCAAAGUCGCGGGUGGCACUCUGGCAUCCCGAUUUGCCGGUCUGUUAUGGCGAGAGAGCUUCACCGUCGGAGUCUUGAUGAGCUGCAAGGGGCUGGUGGAGUUGAUUGUGCUGCCAAGAUUCUCAGCGAGCGGACUUUUACCAUGUUUGUCGUCAUGGCGCUCGUCACCACCUUUGCAACGACCCCUCUCACCUCUUUCCUCUACCCCAACGUGGUAUCAGGUCAAGGUGGAUCGAUGGCGGCGCGGGGAGAUCGACUGGGACGAGAAGCCGCUGCGCUCGUCGUCUUCGGGAGGCGACACGCUGACGGCGAGUGACAAGCUGCGCGGCAGGCCGAUCCACAGGGUGCUCGUGUAUCUGCGCCUGGACAGCCUGCCUAGUGUCUGUACGUUUGUCAGUCUGCUUGGCGCUACCACCGAUGCGAAGCCACCGGCGCCCCGCGUGCAUUAUUCCAAACGGGAUGUUCCCGACAAGACCGCCUCGACCGUUGAGGAACAGCCAGAGGAGGCCGAGUCGGAACGCAAGUCGCUGCAGGCGCAUGGCAUCCGACUGAUGGAACUCACGGAUCGUCUUUCCAGUACGAUGAAGGUGUCAGAGGUCGACGAGUACGCCGUCUGGGAUCCGGUGGUCAACACGUUCCGCGCGUUUGGCCAAAUGAACAACAUCCUCUCCGAGGGCCGUGUCGCCGUGGUGCCGGAGCACCUGUAUGCGGACACGGUGGUAGAUAUGUCACGCGAUGUGUCGGCGGACUUUUUGCUGCUCCCAUGGAGCGCAAGUGGCAGCAUGAGCGAGCGCCAAGAUCUCGCUGGGACGGAGGACUCGUCGCGGCUGGCCAGCGCACCGUAUCCGGCUUUUGUAUCGAGGGUCGUCUCGCGGGUUGCCACCGGCGUCGGCAUCUUCGUCGAUCGGGGAUUGAAAGUGCCGAACAAGGAUCGUCCGGCGCCGACGCGGGCGAGCAGUUCAUGGAGCUUCCGCAGCAGCCGCAGCAAUGCGCCUGCGGUGCCGACGGCGCAUCGCAACCAGCACAUCCUGUUUUUGUUUUACGGCGGGCCGGACGACCGGUUCGGGCUGCGUUUCGUGCUGCAACUGGCGCGGAACGAGCUGGUCACCGCGACGAUAGUCCAUGCCGACGUUCCCGCGGACUCGCCAUCGAGCUCGUCUGCGACCAAGCAGGGCGCUACUGUGUCUGGCCAGGACGACGUCCCUUCGACGCGGUCGUUGCCGAUCUCAGUGCAGGAGAAAGAAUCUGAUACGGUCUUCUUCGCGUCGAUCCGCGACUCGCUACCCAGUGAGCUGUCGUCCCGCGUCGUUUUCCGCCGGGUCAGUUUGGCUUCGACGGACGAUGCGUCCACAGCGGUUAGUCUGGCGGUCAGCACGGCGCAGGAGGAGACAGAACGUGCUGGGAACGACGUCAGCCACAUCGUGGCCGUCGGACGGCGCAGCGUGGGAGUUGAAUGGGCAGUGUCGGAUGCAAGUGACGAGGCCGGUGUCGAUACGCGCACGGCGCUGGGCGUAGUGGGCGAGGCACUGGCUCGGCGGGGGAACGGCGUCAAGGCGAGCGUGCUUGUAUUGCAGGCUGGCAGGACGGAGUAA